AUGACAACCCUUUCACUUCCUCCCCCCUUUCUCAUCAAUGGACUCUCCUACAUCCCACCCCCAUCAGCAAAAGCAUUCGAAGAAGAAUUCGCCGGUAUCCUUCCCCCAGGAAAAGAUAUCCUAUCAUCUCGAGGAAUAAUCCACUACUAUGAUUUCAAUCCCUCCUCCUCGUCAAAUGCCAAGAAAGUCCUCCUAAUCCAUGGUAUUGGAACAUGUGCUAUUGGUAUCGCACCUCUUGCUCGUCAACUCACGAGCUCGGGAUCUCAUGUUGUGAUUUAUGAUCUCUGGGGCCAUGGAAAUUCUUCGACUCCUUUGGAGGCACAUACGCCGGCGUUGAUGCAUGUGCAGAUUUUUGAAGUCCUGUCGCAUUUGGGAUGGAGCAAAGCACAUUUUGUGGGGUUUAGUUUGGGCGGGAGUAUUUUGGCUACUUUCGCGGCGCUAUAUCCGCAUGUUGUGGAGAGCGCGGUUGUGGUAGCUGGAGCGGGACUUUGGAAGAAGAAAAAUAGUGGAUGGUGGAAUAGGUUGCAGGAGGAUGGAGAUUGGAUGGUAGAUGAAGAGAGUGAUCAUACUAUCAUUGAGGAAUUAGAAGGUUUUGCUUCCUCGAAUAGAAACUGGAAAAAUGCAUUUCGACAAGGAGAAUUUGUGUCCCAACCGAUCGAACAAUGGCAGAGAGAAAAUCAUAAAGGUCAUGUAGUCAGUGUGGUUAGUAUUUUUAGGUAUGGGAAUGUUUUUGAUCAGCAUGAGAGUUAUAGAAAGUUGAUUGGGAGCGGGAUUAAGAUUUUGGUGAUAGUGGGGGAAUUUGAUACUUCAUUUCCGCCAGAAUUUGUGAAGAGAGAGUUGGGAGAGUUGGGGUGGGGGAGAGAGAUAUUGCAGGUAGAUGGGGCGGGGCAUAGUUUGGUGAGGACGCAUGAAGAGGUGGUAGGGAGAUUUAUUGAGGAGUUUUGGGAGAGGGAAUUUGGGAUGUGA